AGGGGGCAUCGAUAAUUUUUCAUCCAAUGCCAAAGAUUCGUCUGUCUCCUCAUUCUUUGCUUUGAUUAUUAAUCCACACAUCGCCCACCACCAACCCAUUUCCCUCCCUCUUCUUAAACCCCCUCCCUCAUCUUCUCCAUCCAACACCAAAACCUUUCAUACCCCAAACUUCUUCAUUCAUUCAUUUCCUCAGAUGGGUUUUGAUGAUCUUUCUAAUACAAGCCUUCUUCUUGGUUUGGGAUUAACACUUCCCUCUAAUCCUCCUCAUCUAAUUUCUCAAAAACCCAAGAAGCCACUCGAUUUCCUCUGUUUUCCCCCUCCUGAAUCCGAGCCCUCCUUAACUUUGGGCCUUUCCACCGUCGAUACCUACCCUUCUGAAACCCCUGAUUUGUCUCGCCAACCCUCGCCUCACAGUGCGAUUUCUUCCUUCUCCGGAAGCAGGGUCAAACGUGAAAGAGAUGUUUCCGGUGAAGAGAUUGAAGAGGAGAAAGCUUCUUCUCGUGUCAGCGAUGAAGAUGAAGAUGGUUCUAAUGCUAGAAAAAAACUUAGACUAACUAAAGAACAAUCUGCCCUAUUGGAGGAGAGCUUUAAACUUCACAGUACUCUUAACCCUAAGCAAAAGCAAGCCUUAGCUAGCGAGUUAAAUCUCCGGCCUCGACAAGUUGAAGUUUGGUUCCAGAAUAGGAGAGCCAGGACAAAACUUAAGCAAACAGAGGUAGAUUGCGAGUUUCUAAAGAGAUGCUGCGAAACGCUAACGGACGAAAACAGGAGGCUACAAAAAGAGCUACAAGAACUGAAAGCCUUGAAACUAGCGCAGCCACUGUUCAUGCAAAUGCCGGCGGCGACACUCACCAUGUGCCCGUCUUGUGAGCGGAUCGGCGGUGGCGCCGCCACGGUUAACGGCGACGGAAACGCCAAGGGCCCAUUUUCGAUAGCUACCAAGCCCCGGUUUUACAAAGCCUUCACCAAGCCUUCGGCUGCUUGCUAAUAUUAUGGUUGGAUCGGAUACGUAUUAGAAUUUGGCUAGCCCAUUAAGAAAAAAAAAAAACACAACAAAUUAGGCAAUUAAUUAAUCAAGGAGGAAAAUCCCCAGAAACCCAGGAUUUUUUGGUUGGGGCCUCAGGUUAGUUGUAGUUGGUUCUAUUUAAAAAAAAAAAAAAAAAAAAAAAAGCAAGAAAAACCUCAAAAAAAAAAAAAAAAAAAGAAAGAAAGAAAGAAAGAGAAGGAGAGAGAAAGAAUAGUCAAAUUAAAUUAGUUUAAUUUGUAGAAAAAAAAAUAUAGUAAUUUACUAAUCCAAUUAUUAUGUCUCCUUAUUUGAUUUCAUAUGUUUGUAUAUAAAGUAAAUUAAGAUUGUUAUUGAAGAAAAUAUUUGUGAUA